AUGGCAGGUGCUUAUACGAUUUUUGGUAAACAAGUUCCAGCUCAUAUAUUAUCUAUUAUCACUUUAGGUUCUGUAGCUGCAGGUAUUGCCAUUCCUAAGUUUUUACCAAAAGAUGAAUCCAAGAAAGAAGUAGCAAAACCAGUUGCUCCUAUUGUCCAAUCCAAAGAAGACGAUUUUGAUUUGGAAAAGUUUAUCAAUGACUUGACCAAAGAAGAAAGCAAGUAA